GUUAAAAGUGAUUAGGGGAGAGGCGAGAGACACGCAUGGAGCACAGCUGAAGACCCACUGUCAAAAGAUAUAAACAACUCCUCUGCAGGAUAAUCAUUUGAGCAAUAUUAGGAAAAAGAAGCCCCUGCCUCAGGCCUCAUGAUGGGAAAGAAGUCAAUGAUAUGUAAUGCUUCAUAUAACUGUACUAUAAAGAAACUAAAAUGUGGCAUUGUAAUCACCUUCGUUGUUGCACUCCUUGGGAUUAUGUUUAUGUUUUCACAUAUCUGGUCAAGUGGAUACUGGUCCUCUGAGUCACAAGGCCAGCAUUGGGUAAAGAAAAUGAACUGUUCUGUUUCCAAUUGUCUUCAUACAGUAUCAACAGAAACAUUUGUUGGUAUCCAAGGAUGCAAAACAUUAUAUUUUAAUGCCUUCUUGGAGCAUCGGACUUCUUUUCCAAGUGUCAGAGUCUUAGCUAUUGUGUGGCGGGCUGAAGAAACUCCUCAUUACUGUGUUUUGUAUUGUGAAGAUAUGUUGUUUGUAGUUUCCGCAAAGAAGACAGUUCACAGCACCCAUUAUUAUUUCCCUUAUGGAAUGGCUGAUUUUCUCUGCACCAUUCCAGGGGAUUGCAAACCUAAGCAUGCAUCCCUCACUACUGCUGGGAGUGAUUAUGUGAACAGCACCUUCAUAAGUGUUCUUAAUCAGGAGCCAAGAGACAGUGACUUCCCAGUGGACAUCACCAUCUGUAUCAGUACCAUGUUUAAUGGGUACAACAAUGUCCUCCAGUUCAUCCAGGCUAUGGAGAUCUAUCGUCUACUAGGAGCCCAGAAGGUGGUGGUUUACAAAAGUAGCUGCAGCCCAGACAUGGAAGAAGUGCUGCGCUACUACCAAGAUAACAUGGGAUUUGUGGAAGUCCUCCCUUGGCUAAUUGGUGCCCACAUCAAUGUGUCCUCUCAUUGGUUGAUCUCAGAGUCCCCUGGUGACCUCCAUUACAAUGGACAAAUCCAAGCACUCCACGACUGUAUGUAUCGUAACAUGUAUAGUUCCAAGUAUGUGUUUUUACACGAUCCGGAUGAGAUCAUUCUUCCAUAUCUGGAUAAAAACUGGAGGGACUUCCUAGAGAGAUUGAGGGCCAAGUAUGGAGAAGUCAUCUACUACUUUGAGAAUAAUGUCUUCCCUGUUGAGGAGUUUGAUGACAGUGGGAGAUACUACCUGAAGGAAUGGGCUUCCCUUCCGGGUGAGAGCUUCCUACAGCACACUCUUCGAGAGCCACUUCCAAUGUUUCCCCCAAGGACAGGGAAACUGAUCAUCAAUCCACGAACUGUGUUUGAGGUGAACGUGCACCUAGUGGAGAGAAGCAGCACUAGUACUGUCAAGGUGCCACCCUCCUUGGGGAGAAUGUAUCACAUCCGGCGCAGGAAAAACACAGCACUGAAAAGGAAUGAUUUAAUUGUGGAUGAAGGGUUGUGGAAAUGGGCUCCACAAAUGAUCAGGGAAGUGAAUAAAGCGCUCAAUCGAAUGAACUUGUCUUCUCAGAAGCAUCAAAUGCAUUAAAAUAUGAUGCUUAUGAAUAUGCAGGGCAUGGGCUCAAAAUCCAAAAAGGGCACAUGGAACAAUAUGUGUUAACAAUAUAGGUCAUCUUUAUAUGUCUUUAUAUGUCAUGCAUUUCUGCUAGUUAAUUGGUUUAUGUAUAUUGGUUUACUCUUGAGGAGAGGAGUUACUGCUGUUACCUGUAUUCAGGCAACAGGGAACUCAGUCUGCUGG